AUGAAGGGCCCGGACAGGGACCUCCUGCUCAACAGCCUUCUUGAGCCGUCUUGGGCGCAGGCCAGCACAUCUGCAACAGGCACCGGCUGGACGGGGGGCCUCGGUCCCGGGCCUGGCUCCUCUGCCCCUGGUGUCGCCGCCGCGCUUCACCCCUACGGCGUGUAUCUGCACCCCCUGGCCCUCCCCAUCGGCGGGUCACCCGCCUCCUCCACGGCCCCCGGCAUGUCUGAUGGGCCAGACAACUUCAAGUUCGAAGACUCUGGGCCAUCCAACAGCAAGUCGCGGCUGCGCUGGACGCCCAGCCUGCACGCCAGCUUCGCCCGGGCGGUCUCGCAGCUGGGCGGCCCCGAGAAAGCCACGCCCAAGGGCAUCCUGAAGCUGAUGCGCGUGUCGGGGCUGACCAUCUACCACAUCAAGAGCCACCUGCAGAAGUACCGCCUGAGCAUCAAGCUGCCGGGCGAGGGGGGGGACGGCGAGGAUGAGGCGGAGGGCGAGCAGCAGCGCCUGGGCCUGGCGGGCGACAGCGAGGACGACUGUGGGCGGCCGCUGGAGCCGGCGGCCCUUGACCCUGCCCUAGCCCUGGCCAGCGCUGCUUAG